AUGGAAAUUGAAGAGUCUUAUCAAGAAGCUAGACAAAUUCUAAGUUAGAAUUUAGAAAAAGGUCGAGUCAAAUUAAGCCCUGAAGAAAAAUUAAAAUGUGAUAUUGCCUAGGCUAUCAUUUAUGAACAUGAUCAAAAAAGAUUAUAGGCUGCCUCUAUCUUCUAUAAUUUAAGCUAAAAGAAACCAGAAUACUUUCAAAAAGCCAUCAUCAAUGGAUUGACUGCUCCUGCUUCUGCAAAGAGACAAGCACUUCUUCUCACAAUCUAUAGGGACAGUCGAAGUUAAAAGUCAAAAUGGCUUCCUUUUAUUCGAUCUAAGUAAUUUGGUUUCAAUUAUUUAUUCAAGUGUGCAAUAGGAUCUAUUAAAGUGGAAUGAUAUUGAAACCUUCGCAAGAGAAAAUAAAAUAAAUCCCAAUUUAUUUUGUGAACAUAUCAUUACAGCUAUUAGUCGAUUUUACAGCAACAUCUCCAUAUAGAAACUGGCUCAGUAUUGCAAAUUGAAAUAGGAAGAAGCUUAUGAGCUUUUAGAGAACAUGAUCAUCACAGAGAGAUUACAAGCCUAAAUAGAUCAAUAAUAAGGAUUUAUCUAAUUUUAACAUAAGGAAUAAUGUACAAUAGAAGAAUUCUGUACAAAUUUAUAUAGUUUAUGCUAAUGA